AUGCCAUCAAGCUUAGGGGCUGUCUCGUCGGGCACUCUGCAGCCGCAAUCGGACCGUUCGGCGGCAGUCAGGUCUUCCAUGGAGCUCGAGUACUCGCACAAGGGGUACCGCGACCCUUGGUCCUAUGUUGAGGCGCAGUCGAAGUGGGUCAAGAGGGAGACUUUCGACGACCAGGAGGAGGACUGGGCGUCGAGUUCGCAUCUCAUGUAUGCGCACUUCGAAGUCGAAGCAAGGGGUAUCAUCGGGGCGGUGGAGAGGAGUGCAGUCACGGGGUUCUACAGGAGCGUGGCGCUUCAAUCGGCACAUCUCGUCAGCCCUCUGAGGUUCGCUCGCCUGACCGAGGGGAAGGAGGGCGAUGCGCGUCACGUUACUGGUUUCAGAGGACAGAGAGCGGUCAAGUGGCUGAUCGACGCCAAGGUCGUCCCGACGUUUGCGGACAUCAACUGCGACGCGAACCGGAUCAACAUGGAGAAUCACUACCACGCCGCAUUUCACGCCGGCCGGCUUCGCCUCAUCCCCGAUGCCAACCUUGUCCUCGUCCGCCUCAUGAACGAGAUCAAGUACCAGGAGGCCCGGCUUGCGACGCUCGAAGGCGCGCGCGCCGCAGCAGUCGUCGUGCCGCAGAAACGAGACCCUCCGGACAACUCCGGUGAAUCCCCUUCUCCGUUCGCUCCUCCGCCAGUCCGACCCGGCUUCCAAGACUUCUACGAGACCCUCGAGCGCAUGGGCGCUGUCUUCCGCCUCUUCGGGACGAUCGACAUCACGGACCCGCUCGUCCAGAGGCGAGACGUUCCGACAAUCUUCAAGCUCGAGGGGCUCGACCUCGACUCUCCUCGCCGCAAGACGGUCGAGCCACGCGACGAGCCCGGUGGGGUCCUCUACUCGAACUAUCCUGUCUUUCCGCCCCUACUGGUUCCGGUCUCGAUGAACUUGUUGCUCUACGCGGUCAAGGAGUCGGUGGAAAUCGGACUGCCGGUGUCGUUUGCAGUCAUGGACGAGACUCGUCGUCUGCAAGGCAUCAUCCAUCUCCUCAUCUCGUUCUGGAUGCUCGACGACGACUGCACCGAAGACGACAUCCGUGCCCUCGUCGACGCUUCUCGCCAGCGCAUCCUCUCCGACUAUCCCGGCUCGACUUGGGCCGACGCUCUCCAGCACCUGAGCAGCCUUGCGCCUGUCGACCUUGCUUCGCGCGUCCAGCUUCCUGCGGGCAUGAUCGACUCGAGGACGGCACCCCCGCCGCCUCCGCAGGGUACUUCUCGGCGCUGCGACUUCGAGACCGGCAACCGCAUCGACGGUGAAGCUUGCGAUAAAGCUCUCAACGAGGCCAGCUUUCACGCCCCGUCCUCGCCGCCCCUCGCGUACCCGCCUCGCACGCCUCUCACCGAAGAUCUUCAGAUCGCUACCUCCGUACAGGCCGAGAUCUUGCAGAAGGACCUCGACGCAGCGGCGGGUCCAUCUUGUCGGACCGUGACCGUGUCUCGCGAAGAAGCGGAUGUCGACGACCUCUCACUCGAGGACGCGCCUUCCACCGUUCAGCGCGCACCCGAAUCUUCCACUGCUAAAGAUGCAGGAUGCAGCGACGCUCUCGCCGCCGUCGCAAGUCUCUCCCGAAUCGGAGUCGCGGUUUCCUCGCCCGGCGGGCCCGUCCGCCAGCCUCCCUUCCGCCGCCUUGACAUCGACGAGCUGCGCGAGCUCAUCGCAGGCUCGUACACGCUCGAUCUUGCGCCUCCAAUGCGUCUCCCGAUUCCGCCACUCUCCGUCAUCGUCGAGCCGUCACCGAGCGAGGCGGGCCAGCACUCGUACGUUCACUUUGGCCGCCUCGCCGAACGCAAGUGCGACGUCAAGAUCGUCUUCAAGGUGUCGGCAAACGAGGAUGCGUACGAAAACCGUUGCAUCGCGAACGAGGGGAUCUUGUACGAGAAGUACGGGCAUCUGCUCGUCAAUGUUCUCCCGCGCUUCGUCGGGACGUACAUCGGCGGCUGGGAGAACAGCCUCGUCGUGGUCCUGAUCCUUCAACGGCACGGUCGCUGCUUCGAGGAGUGGAGCGCGUUGACGUUGGCGCAGCGCACCGACGUGAUGGCUUGCCUCGAGAAGCUGCACUCCGUCGGCAUCAAGCACUGCGACGUCAAGCCCUAG